UUCAAUCAGAAACCACUUACAACUCCAGACGAUUCAAAGGGGGAAACUUCGCUGUGAAGUGCUGCUCGGCUCCGGCUCUCUCCAGCUCUUUCCUCCCGGGAACCCGAGGCACACAUCGUCUUCGCACCGGUGCCCAGGCUUCUCCAGGCUUCUCCUGGAGGGUGCCUGAGCUCUGCUGGGCGCCGGCGCGAACUGCCCGCCUGCCGGGUAAUGGGGAUCUGCGUGGUACCGUAGGAGGGGCGAGGCGGCGCGGAGGGUGGCAUCGCCCCGGGACUCCGCGGUGGGAGCGCGGGCGGGUCCCGGCGCCGGCUCUGCCGCUGCAGCUGCUGCAAGCGCAACCCGCUGCCCCGUCUUCAGCAGCUAUGGCUCGCUGGUGAGAUUCCAGCCGGACUUUCCGUGCCAAGCUUCUCCAUCCUUUCUGGCCUCGCUGCUGUCCUGGGUGAAAAUGGCUGUCUAGACUGAAAUGUGCCGGCGGGGAGCAAGCACAGGCUAUCCAGCCUAAGCCUACACUCCGAGGUUUGGGGACGAGCCCGGCUCUGAAAAGUGCAGGCAUGAAUUCUGGAGUUGCGGUGAAAUAUGGAAACGACUCCUCAGCCGAGCUGAGCGAGCUCCACUUGGCAGCCCUGGCGUCACUCAAGGGAGACAUAGCAGAGCUGAAUAAACGUCUACAACAAACAGAGCGGGAACGAGACCUCCUGGAAAAGAAGUUGGCUAAGGCACAGUGUGAACAGUCACACCUCAUGAGAGAGCAUGAAGACGUCCAGGAACGCACAACCCUCCGCUAUGAGGAGCGCAUCACAGAACUCCACAGCAUCAUUGCAGAACUCAACAAGAAGAUAGACCGCCUGCAAGGUACCACCAUCAGGGAGGAAGAUGAGUACUCAGAGCUGCGGUCAGAGCUCAGCCAGAGUCAACAAGAAGUCAACGAAGACUCCAGAAGUGUGGACCAAGACCAGACCUCUGUGUCCAUCCCUGAGAACCAGUCUACUAUGGUUACUGCUGACAUGGAUAACUGCAGUGACUUGAACUCAGAGCUGCAGAGGGUGCUGAUGGGUCUGGAGAGUGUUGUCUGUGGCAGGAAGAAGAGCAGCUGCAGCCUCUCUGUGGCCGAGGUGGACAGGCACAUUGAACAGCUCACUACGGCCAGUGAGCACUGUGACUUGGCCAUUAAGACAGUUGAGGAGAUUGAGGGAGUUCUCGGUCGGGACCUGUACCCCAACUUGGCUGAGGAGCGGUCCCGGUGGGAGAAGGAGCUGGCUGGAUUACGGGAAGAGAACGAAAGCUUGACCGCCAUGCUGUGCAGCAAAGAGGAGGAGCUGAACCGGACCAAGGCCACCAUGAAUGCCAUCCGCGAGGAGCGGGACAGGCUUCGGAGGCGGGUCCGAGAGCUUCAAACUCGACUGCAGAGUGUGCAGGCUACUGGACCUUCUAGCCCGGGUCGCCUCACCCCUGCCAAUCGCCCAAUUAACCCCAGCACCGGAGAGCUAAGCACCAGCAGUAGCAGCAAUGACAUCCCCAUCGCUAAGAUUGCUGAGAGAGUGAAGCUAUCAAAGACGAGAUCUGAAUCCUCAUCAUCUGAUAGGCCAGUCCUGGGCUCAGAAAUCAGUAGCAUCGGGGUUUCCAGCAGUGUGGCAGAACACCUGGCCCACUCACUCCAGGACUGCUCCAAUAUCCAGGAAAUUUUCCAAACACUAUACUCACACGGAUCUGCCAUCUCUGAGAGCAAGAUUAGAGAGUUUGAGGUGGAAACGGAACGACUGAAUAGUCGUAUUGAACACCUUAAAUCCCAAAAUGAUCUUCUCACCAUAACCCUGGAGGAAUGCAAAAGCAACGCCGAGAGGAUGAGCAUGCUGGUGGGGAAGUACGAGUCCAACGCCACAGCCCUGAGGCUGGCUUUGCAGUACAGUGAGCAGUGCAUAGAAGCCUAUGAACUCCUGCUGGCCCUGGCUGAGAGCGAGCAGAGCCUUAUCCUGGGUCAAUUCCGGGCAGCUGGUGUGGGCUCCUCCCCUGGAGACCAGUCAGGGGAUGAGAACAUCACUCAGAUGCUCAAGCGAGCUCACGACUGCCGGAAGACUGCUGAGAACGCCGCCAAGGCCCUGCUCAUGAAGCUGGACGGCAGCUGCGGGGGAGCCUUCGCCGUGGCUGGCUGCAGCGUGCAGCCCUGGGAGAGUCUGUCCUCCAACAGCCAUACCAGCACAACCAGCUCUACAGCCAGCAGCUGUGACACAGAGUUCACUAAAGAGGACGAGCAACGGCUGAAGGAUUAUAUCCAGCAGCUCAAGAACGACAGGGCUGCGGUCAAGCUGACCAUGCUGGAGCUGGAGAGCAUCCACAUCGAUCCACUCAGCUAUGAUGUCAAGCCAAGGGGCGACAGCCAGAGGCUGGACCUGGAGAAUGCUGUGCUGAUGCAGGAGCUGAUGGCCAUGAAGGAGGAGAUGGCUGAGCUGAAGGCCCAGCUCUAUCUGCUGGAGAAAGAGAAGAAAGCCCUGGAGCUGAAGCUGAGCACGAGGGAAGCGCAGGAGCAGGCCUAUCUGGUGCACAUCGAGCACCUCAAGUCCGAAGUGGAGGAACAGAAGGAGCAGAGGAUGCGGUCUCUGAGCUCCACCAGCAGCAGCGGCAAGGAGAAGCCCAGCAAGGAGUGUGCCGAUGCUGCCUCCCCAGCUUUGUCCCUGGCUGAACUGAGGACAAACAGCGACAGCGAGCUGGCCACCGAGUUCGCCAAUGCCAUCCGACGGGAAAAGAAGCUGAAGGGCAGAGUCCAAGAGCUGGUCAGUGCCUUGGAAAGACUCAGCAAAAGCAGUGAAAUCCGACACCAGCAGUCAGCAGAGUUCGUCAAUGACCUCAAACGGGCCAACAGCAAUCUGGUGGCUGCCUACGAAAAAGCCAAGAAGAAGCAUCAGAACAAGCUGAAGAAGCUGGAAUCUCAGAUGAUGGCCAUGGUGGAGCGACAUGAGACCCAAGUGAGGAUGCUCAAGCAAAGAAUAGCACUGCUGGAGGAAGAGAAUUCCAGGCCACAUACCAACGAAACUUCACUCUAACAGGCACUCUGGCACCAAAGUUCUGCCCCCAAGGGGCUAAGCUCGAGCACCUCUGGAGUCCUCAGAAGAGGAAGGGCCCAGGGAAGGAGAGACUGUUGGGAGGAACUGUGGAAAGGUUGCGUUUAGGUCACAGGCUCCACCCUUGGGGGUGUGUGUGGUCACGAUGGCACUGUGGACAGCACAUGCACAGGCACCAGGUGCUCUAGGCCUGACCACAGAGGGCACCUACAGUGGCUCCAGCCACAAGAGUUGCCACAUCUUGUUUCUGCAUUGCAUUCACCAUUCCAGUUCUCAAUCAUCCAGGCAUUUGUGGAUUUCCAAGUCCUCCCCCUCCUUUUUUUUCCCCCCAUAGGCUGUGAACUUUUCUACUGACACCCAGAUUUCUUCCUUCCUCUUCCAAGGGAAAAGUGACAGUGUGUUGGAUGUCUCCAGCAUCUAAGGUUGGCAGCUGACUGCAGCAGGGCUCCGCUUUUCAGGUCCCAUGGUACCAGAUUCUUGAAAUAUAGCCGUUGAGUUAUUAUUAGUUGGGAGCUAUGGACCAGAGGUUGCACAGUGUUGGCAUUGGGCAUCCCAGACACAGUGCGGUUUCAAAUAGAGCAAUGCCCGGGCUGCGUGUAGAUCGUUCUGCUCUAGGCAAGUAAGAGCAUCUUUCAUUUUUAUUCAAGACGCAGGGCUCAGUUUCCCUUCUAGCAAGAGUAAAAUUUAGAAUACUUUUGACUUAUGCAAAGAAGCCAGGAUUUUACCCUGGUUUUCUUCCAGAAAAGACAAAAAACAGUAUUAGCUCUCGUCCAGUGCAGGGCACUACAUAGCUUCUAUUAUGAAUCAAAACCUAAGCCACUUGAGCACCUGUGGGCCCCGCCUCCCCAAAGGCCAGAGGCUUUAUCCCAUUUAAAGCCACUGACCCUUUAGUCUCUGACUGAUGAGGGAAUGGCCAAUAGGCUUCCUGAGGUAAACUGGUGACUGGGAGGCAGGUUCAAAGUACCUGAACUCCAGGAGGUAUCCCAGAUUCCUUUAGUUCUGAUUGUAGCCUUUACUGUUUUGCCUUUUGCAGUUCACGGAUACAAUUUAAGAGCAGCUUGGCUUUUUAGCUCUCCACCCGCCCCCCUGCAGCCCCCAAUACUGUUCAUCUGCUCAGAGAAAUGGGUCCAACUGCCAAGGUUAUCUAAGAGAAAGAUGCAGCAUAGCUGGCCGUGUCUUCACUGUAGACUCCUGGCUAUGGGUGGGGAUGCUCUGAGAAAGCAAACACAAGUUUCUCCACCUUCUGUGCAGCAGGGAGAGAUGUUCUGGCCUUCUCCUACGACAGACACCCCCCCCCAAAAAAAAAGCUCAACAGCUCCUUCUCAGACCAGUGCCAAGUCCUUCAUGCGGCAAAGAGUAACACAGUGUUCACUUUUUGGGGUAAAGUUGUAUUUUGUUAUGCAGAAAAUGUGUAGGUAGAAAACAUCUAUUGCCUCUCUACCACUCCAAGAAUUUAAUAGGUAAAAUUAGCUUUCAGGUUUUUUUUUU